UUUCCAUAAAGAUGGACCAAUCGCAGAGCAUUCAAAUCCUGUUGGCCGAGCAAAUGAAGUUGGGGGAGCAAAUACAGAGCACCAUCCGGAAUUAUAAAAAGGAUUCGGCUAAACGGAAAAGCAAACCUGGAUAUUUUGAAGGGCGACUAUCUAAAUUGAAACUUUUGUGGGAUGCCUUUUCCGAAGGAGAAAAUACUAUUAAAACUGUCGAUGAAAAAUCGAAAAUGGAACAUACAUAUUUUAAAAGGAACUUCUUUGUCAAAAUAAAAACUAUGGUCGUUCAAUAUACAGCAGAAUUCAAUCAGAAUCUGCCCCUAUUGGAAAUGAAUACUGAAAACGUUUCCGCAUCGCCGCAGAAUAACGAAGUUAAAUUUAAAUAUAUGUUUAGAGAACAGAGGAUAUUGAUGGACAGAUUAGAUAAUAUUAUGGACAAGUUAGAUGUCGCAACCAGGAAAGGACUUAACCCGAUCAUUAUACCCCAUAUUACUGAUAUACAAAGUAUGCAAGCGCAUAUCUACCAAAAGUACAAGGAUCCCAAGUAA